AUGCCAGACAACAUCGAGUUCCAGCCAUUGGCAACAUCCGACCCCCUCGACGACGACCAACCCAUCACAACCUCCACCACCCCAAAGAAACCAAACCCACACUCGCCCAAACACAACUCAUUCGCCGCACAAAUCGAGCGGCUAGGGGAUAUGGCCAUCUCUGGCCUGGGCCCUGUCUUGAUCUCGCUCGCCUUCCUCCUCCUCUCCGUCACCAUCGGUGAUGCCAUGUUUCAAGAUGUUCUCGGCGAGAUGGAGACAUACACAGCGACCCCUCCUAUCUGCAAACGAUCCUGUGUGUACUUUGUCAUCGUGGGAGCUGGACCCUUCAUGCUCGCCGCGGACGCCAGCAGCGAUAACAAUUGGCCGUACUGGAUGGACCGAUCGCUGGUCGCAUUCUCAGAAGUGUUGGCUGUGGCUAUUGGCGUUGCAGUAGGUGGCAUGGGCAUCUGGCACUGGUACCUCGCGCUGACGGCGCAGACGACGUUGGAACAGUACAACAACGCGUACAUGAAAAAGAUCUGCAAGAAGCGUGGCGAAACGUUCACAAAUAUGUACGAUUUCGGAAUCAUUGGCAACUUCCAGGAUAUCUUCAAUAUUGGGCCAAGGGGGCAUUACCCCUGGUACACGGCCCUACUCCCUAUCCGCAUUCCGCCCAUUGGAAACGGCAAGCGGUAUGAGAGGAGUGGGCGUGGGUAUGUCCUUGACUUUGGCGAUGAUGAUGAGGAUAUGGUCUGA